AUGGUUAACUUGCUUACUUUGAUCUUACUGAUUUAUACUAGUCAUGUUUAUCGUGCUCUAGCCAUUGAGCAACAAUUAUUUGAAUUAUCGACUGCAUCGGAACAGGAACAUAUAAUAACGAGCGUACUGAAGCAAUCCGCGGUAUUACCUUGUAGAGCUGUUUUAUUGAUCACAGAUCCUGAACAAGUUAUGUGGUAUAAAAUAACGGACUUUGGUCAAUCGCCUCUAAGUGUUGGCAAAUCGUUAAUUACGAAAGAUUCUCGUAUUAGUGUUGCUUAUUACAGUUUCGAUCAUGGUUAUUCACCUGCCAAAUGGGAUUUACAAAUCGAUGAUGUCCGUUUAGCCGACGCUGCUCGUUAUCAAUGUCAUGUUGUUGAAAGAAAUGGACAAAUUUCGGCACGCUCGAAUGUUAAACUUGUUGUUGAAGAUGUUACCGUGCACAUUCAACCAAGUGAUGUUCUUGUUUCAGUUGGCGAUAAAACAGAGUUUUCCUGCAAUUUCACCGGACAAUACCGAGUACGGCGUAAUAAAGUUACUUGGUUGAAAGAUGGCAAACCGCUUCUAUCUGAUGCAAGCCAUAUGACAAUUUCUACCGAAUUACCGAAUGCAACAGUAGCUGUUCUACAAAUUCUUGCUUCUCGUUCAACAGAUAGUGGAUCCUAUCGUUGCACGGAUGGCUAUCAUGUCCAGAGUAAAGAAGUGAAAUUGUAUCUACGCGAUGGAAAUCUACAUCAAUCUAUUCAAUCGUUGUCCUCAUCAAAUUCUACGAACAUAUUUUCAUCCUUUCGAACAGUUUUCCUCUUGUACACUGUUUCUUUUCUCAUUUGUUUUUUUUUUAAAUAA